GACUUGGGCCAGAGCGGAAGCGGUGGCCGGAGCGGAAGUGGAGCUGUCGCCGCCACCGCCGCCACCGAUUCCGUAGCCGGAGUAGCUGCCACUGCUGGCGCCGCUGCAGCUGCCGCCACCGCUGCCUUUUGAGGAGUGGGCUUGGGAAGGAAGCGAUCACCGCUCUCAGCUUUGUCGGAAGCGCCUUUGCCCCCUACCGUCCUCCCACGGGAAUGACCAUGGACAAAAGUGAGCUGGUACAGAAAGCCAAACUUGCCGAGCAGGCUGAGCGCUAUGAUGAUAUGGCUGCGGCCAUGAAGGCGGUCACUGAACAGGGGCACGAACUCUCCAAUGAAGAGAGGAAUCUGCUCUCUGUUGCCUACAAGAAUGUGGUAGGUGCCCGUCGGUCUUCCUGGCGUGUCAUCUCCAGCAUUGAACAGAAAACAGAGAGGAAUGAAAAGAAGCAGCAGAUGGGCAAAGAAUACCGAGAGAAGAUAGAGGCGGAGCUACAGGACAUCUGCAAUGACGUUCUGGAGCUGUUGGACAAAUACCUUAUUCCCAAUGCUACCCAACCAGAAAGUAAAGUGUUCUACUUGAAAAUGAAAGGAGAUUAUUUUAGGUAUCUUUCUGAGGUGGCAUCUGGAGAUAAUAAACAGACCACUGUGUCAAACUCCCAGCAGGCUUACCAGGAAGCAUUUGAAAUUAGUAAGAAAGAAAUGCAGCCUACACACCCAAUUCGACUUGGCCUGGCGCUUAAUUUCUCAGUCUUUUACUAUGAGAUUCUGAACUCUCCUGAAAAGGCCUGCAGCCUGGCAAAAACGGCAUUUGACGAAGCCAUUGCUGAGCUGGAUACACUGAAUGAAGAGUCUUACAAAGACAGCACACUGAUCAUGCAGUUACUUAGGGACAAUCUCACUCUGUGGACGUCGGAAAACCAGGGCGAUGAAGGAGAUGCUGGGGAGGGAGAAAACUAAUAUCUGUUGUGCUUUGUAAUCUGUUCCAGUGUCACUCUGUAUCCUCCACAUACAUCCCUUUGUGUGAUAAAAAAAAGAAAAAGAAAAAAAUUCGUAUGUCGACUUUUCGAUUUUUCACAGCCUCAGUCUAGCAAAAAUGGUCCAUGGGAUAAACAGCUGGUAUCAAUCUAAAACUCAGAUUGGUCACAUAAAUGCCACAGCAUUUUGAAGUUUUGAUUUUGAUUAACAUUGACAGGAUUACUGUUUAAUUUUUAAAAACUGAACACUGUGAUAAUGGGGUUUUGUAAUUUUCAGCACUCUUACUGGUAGAAAAAUAUGUAUUAUGUAUAACUUUUUGAAAAGUUUAAUCUGAUAUCAAAAUAGUCACUAAAAUACAAUUCUGUUGUAAAGUUGUACAGAAAGUUAUAGAUUUUAUUGUGAUGCUGGUUUUGGAGUGAGGCACUUAACAUUUGGCAUCCAAGAUUAAUGGUAAUUCACAGAAAUUCUGCUGUGGUUCAGGUUACAGUUUGACCAGUUUGGGCUGUUGCCACUCAAAAGUUCAUAACCACAAACCGUCUAUAGUGUCUUCCUCUGAGGAAACUCAAAGCCUGAAAUUGAAAUCCUUUGUGGCAGAUAACUGGUUAUAACAUGGUGAAAAGGUCCAGCGCCCCUAUAACAUGUGUUGCUAAACUCCCUUUCCUAUGGCAGAAUGUUACUGAUUUGCAACUUGUGAAAGAGUGAGAUCUAUUUUCCUUGUUACCAGGUAGCUAAAGAUGGGGGAAAGAGCCACCCUGUGUUUGCUGGAUAACACCCUGAAGAACAAUGCUCUGCAGAGCCCAGCUCUCUCUUGAAGAGUACUCAGUCUUUGAGUUUGUCCUUGCUUGGAGCAUUUGAAUUUUGAAAUUGCAACAUUCUUUCCCUUGUCCUUUUGGCUGUUAACUUUUCCCUCUUUAUGUCCAAGAAGGACUUUUUUUCUUCUGGAAUUUUCUCUUUGUCUUUUGUUCACUCUCUGUACUGUAUGGACAGGGUGAGAGAUGUUGGUGAGCAGGCCUUGCUUCAAAGGGUUGUUGAAGAGCUUCCGGCCUUGUCUUCCAGUUCCCAGCACACUUAUUUUUCAGUCACACCAUGACCCGAAUCCAAAAACAUUUUUUUCUGAAUAUUCAUGAUUUCUCCCUGUAUUGCAACCAACCCUAAUAAUGCUUACAUCUGUCUCUAAAUCCUCCAAGCGUACUCUUUCAGCUCAGUUCUCAGUCUCAACAAGGCCCUAUGAUGCAGGGAAGUGCUAUGGACACUGCCAUGGAGAGAAUCAAGAAUACCCAGGCCUUUCAGCCUCACAGUAUCGCCCCUGUACCUUCAACAUUCCAUGUAGCUGUAGCAUCCAUCUGUUUGUUCAUCUGCUGAAAUGAGAAAAGAAUUCAUGCACUGAUUUAAAACAAACCAAAAAAGGAAAAAAAUACAAAAAAAAAUCCCUCCUCUCUAGCUGAACAAAAAUGUGCAGUUAAUACUUGGCGCUUGAAAAUGCAGUAGUGAAUGUGGAACCAAGCCUGUCUGUAUAUCUGGUAGCUCUUCGCUUUGUUUUUCCUUACCAGUAUUCUGCCUAACGUUUGCUUCUGUGAUGGUUAUAUUGCCUAGCAAGCACACCCGUGGUUGUGAAAUAGUAUAGCAAAAAAGAAAACUCCCUGGUUAUUGAUGUACUAGAUUUGUGUAUGUCUUUUAAACAGUUCUAGUUUCACCUUACAUGGAAUAAUCAGGAAAAGUGUAAAAAUUCAAAAGCAAAAUAAAAAAAUUUUAUCAGUUA